AUGAAGUUGUUAUUUAUCUUGUUCAUCAGUUGUGUAUUUGCUAUUAAAUGUAAAGACUUUAAAAACAUUCAUAAAAAGACAGACUACGUUUUCAAAAAAGCAGACGCUGAUACAUAUAUUUAUUUCAACUUGUGUGGACCAAUCACCACUCAGUUUGAAGGGUAUGAUGCUUCUGAUGUAUCUGUUCUUGCUUAUUUAGAAACUUAUAAAGAAAAAGUUGUUUUGGGAAAUACAUCAACUGAAUCUCUUGAACUUGUUAAUGAAGGUAAAACUCUUAGAUUUAGUUACAAUGGAGAUUCUAGCCUUCAACUAUCUUCUCGUGUAGAAGUAACUUGUGGUCCAGAAGACACUUCUUCUAAUAUUAAGGCUCAAAUUGAAGGAAGUACUUUCAUUUUUUCAUUUACAUCUCCUGAUGCUUGUCCAUCAAAUAAAACAUUCCCAAUUACUGGUCUUAUUUUGUGUAUUAUUCUUUUUGUUCUCAUUGGUCUUUACAUUAUUGUUACUGUUAUUUUGAAUAUCUUUGUUUUCCAUAAGAAAGGAUUGGAAGUUAUACCUAAUUAUCUCUUCUGGAUUGGUCUUCCUUCACUUCUUGUUGAUGGUGUUAAAUUUACAUUCUGUUGCAAGAAAGCUGGAUCUGAAUAUCAGACAUUUGCCGUUUAA